AUGAUAAAGAAGUGUUUAAAACGAUACACUGGAACGCUCUCUAAAGAAAUAGUCCUUGAGAUGUAUGUUAAUAAGCGUACAUACUCGCUGGAAUAUCCCUGUGAUAUUGUUGAGUAUGUCUUUAUUUUUGUGCUAAUUUCUUUCAGCCUAGUAAUCCGUGGUGAAAAGGAUGAACAAGCCGUAUUGUGCAGCAAAGAUAAAACUUAUGACAUGAAAAUAGCAGAUACAUCAAAUAUGCUCUUGUUUGUUCCUGGCUGCAAAACUCCAGAACAGCUGAAGGCAGAUCAAGAGUCUUGUAAUAUUAUUCAUUCGCAGAUUGCUGGCUUUUCCAAUAACUACUGGGAAUUAAGGAGAUGUCGACCUAAACUGAAGAAACUGAGGAAGCUUUUAAUGGAGGAUCCAUAUGAGGGGCCAGACAGUGGGAAAGAUCAGACUUCGACUGUUUCAAAGUACACUACAGAAGAUUUAUUAAGCCUGGUUCAAGCAAGUGAAGAAGAAAUACUGCACCAUUUGCAGGUUAUAGAUGCCUGCAGAGUUGAAGGAUAUUGGAGAAUUCUAGAUUUUGACUAUGAGGUAAAGCUCUUGAAUCAUGUGACUCAGCUAAUAGACUCAGAGUCCUGGUCUUUCAGUAAGGUUCCUUUAAAUGUCUGUCUUCAAGAACUCGGACCUUUAGAACCCACAGAGAUGAUAGAACAUAUUCUGUUAAGCUAUGGAAGGAAAUACACUGAUGGAGGGGAAGUUUAUUUUGAAAUGAACGAGGAUAAAAUAUGCAGAACUAUAGCACAAAUGCUUUUGCAAAAUGCAGUUAAAUUCAAUCUGUCGGAGUUUCAAGAAGUCUGGCAACAAAGUGUCCCUGAAGGGAUGGCUACAAGGCUUGAUCAGCUCAAGGGUUUGGCUCUUGUGGAUAGAAACUCCAGACCAGAGACCAUCUUUCUGCUAAAAGUAGAAGACUUACCUGAAGAUAAUCAGGAAAGAUUCAACAGCUUAUUUAGCAUACGGGAAAAGUGGACCGAAGUGGAUAUUACCCCUUAUAUACAAGACUUAUGUGCAGAGAAGCAGACAGUUGGUGCACUUCUGACCAAGUAUGCCCGUUUGUCAACGCUGAAUGGUGUUAAAGUUUAUAAUUCUAGAAGACCCAUCUCAUAAGGAGUCUUAUUUUAAGAACUGAGGAUACUGAGUGGAAUGACAGUGUUGCUCCUUCCUGUCUUCUGCAAGAGGGAGUCAUUUAUCAACUUUAUACAGUGUUUUCAAGUCAAGGCAGCUAAGUUUCUUGAAUGAGUUCUAUUUUCUGCUCAGCUAGGUAGAAUGCCACAGAACUUGCCUCUUCUAAGAAAGCACACUGUCUGCAGCCUAUUCUCGCCUUCCUUUCCUCAUUUGCUUUUCUCUUUGUAGAUGUAGUCUCGCCAGGAUUCAAGCUACUCCUUGAAUACGCUUUAACCGUCUAUCCAUACCCUGAAGACCCUGAAUACAAUAAAAAUUAAAUUUUUUACCAUAAUAUUUGGACAUAGGUUUUCAACAGCAAAAUGGAAUGCUUAGUCGUUUGCCUAUUAGUGAAUGCUCUUAAACGUUCAGAUUUUAUAGCAAUGUUGACAUUUUGAAUGCUUUAUACUUCCACAAGCUCAUAAAUAAUUAUUCCUGACUGAGACUACACUAGUCGUAAUUUUGGAAGGUGGUUGUUCUUGUGGUUAUGUUUUUGUGAAUAGCAUUUAAUGGAAAAGUAUGGGUGUUUAUUGGUCCAAGCUCUUAACAUCUUAACACUUGGCAAAAUUACCUUUUAAAUAUUGCAAAGAGCAAGUUUCACAACAGUCAGAUUUGUAAAAUCCAGUUUGAAGAUGUGGAAAAUUAUUUGGACGUUGUGUUACAAACUGUGUCACUUUCUAUAAACUGCCAUUGGAAUGCAGUUAAUGUGAAAUUAAUGGUUCAUGAAAGACUGUCUUUGCUUCAAAGAGAACUUACCAAACUUUGUAAUAUGGUUUUUGUUGUUCUAGCGAGUAAGUACACUUUGAAAUUGUGCCUUGAAAACUUAGGGUGGAAGAGUAUUCCAUAUAUAUCAAUGAAACAGGAGUUGCUGUAGUACUGCCACAGAAUGGAGUGCCUGAAAUUAAAAUUUCUUAGUUAGUAAAAAAUUGUUUGCACUUGUCACUGAACAUUAGUAUUUUUUUCAAAUAUUAUUAAAUUGAACUAUUGUUGUUUUAGGUAGGUUGCCACAUAAAACUCGGAUGUAAUGUGUGAAAGGUCUUGGAAUGCCUGACAUGCUGUGAGCAGUGGAGAGGAAAGAAAUUAAAAAUCAAGAUAUAACUCUUAAAAAUGGAUGCGCACAUCCUAGGAAUUUUAAUAUAGAUAAGGGCUGAAUUAAAAACUAUUUGCUGAGCUCUGCUUCUUGCUUACUGAUGCAGGAUUGAUGCCCUCUGUUUCAUACUUCCGGAGUGUACGAUACAAGUGUGUUGUUUGACCCAGUUGAGUAGAAACUCUGGUGGUUUUUAACGUCUCUCUUCCUGGAAGAGGUGCCUGUUCAAUGCCUGCUUUCAACAGCUGUGGUCCUUUCCUUGAAUAGCCCCAGAUGCGCCAUCCUCAGAGAAACCAACACCACUAUAAAUAUGAAAGUCUUGGAAAUAACUUGAGCUGCUUCAUAUAAGUUUCUUUAGUUGAAAUGCACAAAAUAAGUCAUAGUGUUGCAGUCGAUGAGAAAACAAUUUAUUUUAAAAUUGUUUUUGUUUGUGAAAUGACUAAGAAUUUAAGUAUUAUUUGAAUAGUGCUGUGUCAUAAUACUGAGUGCA